UAAAUUGUCAAUUGUUGUCAACAAAAUAAAUGUGAACUGAAAGCGUGCCACGGUUCCACGAUCAAAAAUUAAACCAACCAUUUAAAAUUUCCUAAAAAUAGUAUUUUUUUCUGUUGACAGAGCAUUAUAUAUAAUAUUGUAAUAAUGGUUCGCAGCGGGCGUGAUCGUGAUCGGGAUCGCGAUCGCGAACGGAGACGGUCUCACAGUCGAUCCGCGACUCCAGAUCGCAAACGGCGCAGAUCUCGUUCAAGAAGUCGUGACAGAAAUUCGAAGUCGUCUAAAAGGAAACGUAGCCGCAGCAGGGAUCGGGAUUCUAAAAGAGACCGAAGCAGAGAUCGAGAUAGGGAUCGUGAUCGGGAUCGAGAUAGGAAAAGUGAUAAACGAGAUGAUAAAAGAAAUGGGUCAAGCAGCAAGUCUUCUAGAAAGAAGUCACCAGAACGAGAAAAAGACAGAUCAAAAUCAAAAGAAAAAGCAAUUAAGUCUGAAUCUGGUGAAUAUGAUCCAGGUACUGUUGACAAGGAGGAAGAACAGAGUCGAUUAGAGGCUGAAAUGCAGAAGCGACGAGAUCGUAUUGAGCGUUGGCGCGCUGAACGGAAACGCAAAGAGUUAGAGUCAGCGAAGAAGGAAGUGCAGAAAGGUAGCAUUGUCAGCAACAUACAGAUGCCUGCUAAGAAGUGGUCACUUGAGGAUGAUUCUGGUGAUGAAGGUGAAGAUGGAGAAGCCAAAGAGAAACAACCUGUUGAAGAAAAGAAAGAGAUAGAAGACGAAAUUGAUCCUUUGGAUGCAUAUAUGCAAGAAGUACAACAGGAGGUAAGAAAAGUCAACCAGAUGGAUCAAGCUAGAGGUAUCAGUGUUCCCACUACAGGCGGAACAGGCGUGGUCAUUCUUACUGGUACUGCCAAGAAAAACGUUACUGAACAGAAAAACAAAGGUGAACUAAUAGAACAGAACCAAGAUGGAUUGGAAUAUUCAUCAGAAGAAGAAACUGAAGAUAUCAAAGAUGCUGCUGCAAAUCUUGCGUCCAAACAAAGAAAGGAGCUGGCCAAAGUGGACCAUGCUAGUUUGAAUUAUAUGCCAUUCAGAAAAUCUUUUUAUACUGAGGUUAGCGAAUUAUCAAGAAUGACGGCAGAAGAAGUAGAAGCAUAUAGAACUGAAUUAGAAGGCAUCAGGGUUAAGGGCAAAGGUUGUCCUAAGCCUAUCAGAACGUGGGCCCAUUGUGGUAUCAGUAAGAAAGAGCUAGAUAUAUUAAAGAAGCUGAGCUUCGAGAAGCCUACACCUAUACAAGCUCAAGCUAUACCCGCUAUUAUGUCUGGAAGAGAUCUAAUAGGCAUAGCUAAGACUGGCUCCGGUAAAACGUUAGCUUUUAUCCUGCCAAUGUUUCGCCAUGUGCUAGAUCAACCACCACUGGAAGACACCGACGGACCGAUCUCACUAAUUAUGACGCCCACCAGGGAACUGUGCAUGCAAAUAGGGAAAGACAUCAAGAAGUUUGCCAAAUCCUUGGGACUAAGAGUUGUAUGUGUUUAUGGGGGUACUGGGAUAUCUGAACAGAUAGCGGAAUUAAAGCGUGGUGCUGAGAUGAUAGUUUGCACUCCAGGUAGAAUGAUUGAUAUGUUAGCCGCGAAUUCGGGACGUGUGACCAACCUGCGUAGAGUGACGUACGUCGUGCUAGACGAAGCAGACAGGAUGUUCGAUAUGGGUUUCGAGCCACAGGUGAUGAAAAUAAUCGACAACAUACGACCUGAUAGACAGACUGUGAUGUUCAGUGCCACAUUUCCGCGACAAAUGGAAGCUCUUGCACGAAGGAUACUGCAAAAACCUAUUGAAAUUCAGGUUGGCGGUAGGAGUGUAGUAUGUAAAGAUGUAGAACAGCAUGUCGCCAUAUUGGAGGAGGAUGCGAAAUUCUUCAAAUUACUCGAAUUGCUUGGAUUAUACAGUCAAAUGGGCAGUAUCAUAGUAUUUGUGGACAAACAGGAGAACGCGGACAGUCUUUUGAAGGACCUCAUGAAAGCUUCUUACUCGUGCAUGAGUUUACAUGGCGGGAUUGAUCAAUUCGACAGGGACUCGACGAUCGUGGACUUCAAGAACGGCAAGGUGAAACUGUUGGUAGCAACAAGCGUGGCGGCUCGCGGUCUCGACGUCAAACAACUAGUGCUGGUCGUUAAUUACGAUUGCCCCAACCAUUACGAGGAUUACGUGCAUAGAUGCGGUCGUACCGGUCGCGCGGGCAACAAAGGGUACGCGUGGACGUUCCUAACGCCGGAGCAGGGCCGGUACGCGGGCGACGUGGUGCGGGCGCUGGAGCUGGCCGGCGCGGCGCCGCCGCCGGAGCUGCGCCAGCUGUGGGACCGGUACAAGGACGCGCAGGAGAAGGACGGCAAGAAGGUGCACACCGGCGGCGGCUUCAGCGGGAAAGGUUUUAAAUUUGACGAGUCAGAGGCCCAAGCGGCAUCUGAAAAGAAAAAGUACCAGAAAGCAGCUCUCGGUCUACAGGACUCCGAUGACGAAGACGUGGAGGGUGAUCUGGAUCAGCAAAUUGAAACUAUGCUCGCCGCUAAGAAGAUUGUCAAAGAAAUUAAGCCGGGCGUGGCGGCGGGCGUGGGCGCGGGCGCGGGCGCGGCGGCGGGCGCGGGCGCGGGCGCGGGCGCGGCGGACGGCAAGCUGGAGCUGGCGCGGCGCCUCGCCUCCCGCAUCAACCUCGCCAAGGGGCUCGGCGCCGAGCACAAGGGCGCCACGCAGCAGGCCGCCGAGGCGAUCCUCAAGGGGGCGCCGUCCGCGCACACGCUUAUUACGGCUAAAACAGUAGCGGAACAGCUGGCUGCUAAAUUGAAUACGAGAUUGAAUUAUCAGCCUCGAGAUGAGAGUGCAUCGGAGCCAGCCGAGGAGGUGUUCCGCAAGUAUGAGACUGAGCUGGAGAUCAACGACUUCCCGCAACAGGCCCGCUGGAGGGUCACUAGCAAGGAGGCGCUAGCAUUGAUCAGUGAAUACAGUGAAGCUGGCAUCACAGUGCGGGGAACGUACGUCCCGCCUGGCAAGACACCACCAGAAGGCGAACGCAAACUGUACCUCGCCAUCGAAAGCUCCCAAGAGCUCGCUGUAGCUAAAGCGAAAUCGGAAAUUACGCGCCUCAUCAAAGAAGAACUGCUCAAGUUACAGACCUCUGCUCAUCACAUGAUAAACAAAGCCAGAUAUAAAGUUAUAUAAGUGAUGAAAUAAAUGGAAUGUAUCUAAAAUAAAA